AUGCCCCAUACUCUGUUGUUGAUACAUCCGAUGCAGUGCCCCAAGACGCGCACCUACAGCGAAUAUGAGAGCAUACAAGAUUGCUUGAAUGCCAUUUGCAAGAUCUACGAGGAGCAUCUGAAGCGUACCAAUCUCGAUAUGCCCACAGUUACAUAUGACAUUGUGCAACUGUUUGAUUUUAUCGAUUCCUUGGUGGAUGUCAGCUGUUUGACGUACCAGAAGAGCACCAAUACCUACGCACCCUACAGCAAGGAAUGGAUCAAGGACAUGAUCUACGAACAGUUUCGACAGACUGCCUUAGAUAAAUAGAGAAUGAUUAUGCAUACUACAUAUUUCUUUAAUUGUCUACAUAUAAAAAUAAA